CAAUGGCUAGGCCAACCAAUUUUCUAGCUAAGCCAAAGCUCGUGACAGGACAAGUUCUGAUUUCGCGAUUGGCGCGUCCUUGCCUUUCCUAUUCCCUAAUCCCUAUAAUAAAAUCCGUUACCAAUUAGAACCAUAUCUAUCCGCCGGCGGCAACCGCCCGGCGAUCGAUCUGAAGCCUGUAGUAGGAAAAAGGAGAGAAGUGAAGGCAAACAGGAAGAUGGAGAAUGAGAAUGCACUGGGAUUGGGGAAAAGUAAAAAGCAGAAGAGCAAUGGAAACGAGAUUAAGAGUAUGUUAGCGUUGAAAUCCAUAUUCUUUUUCAGCGGCAAAAUGCGUAACGGUGACAAUGAAGGUGUUGAUGAUGUAGCCACCACUCCGCCUUAUCAGCCUUUAACUUUUCUCUCUCCACUCGCAAACUCUGUUGUCUCUCGUUGUUGCAAGAUUUUGCAGUUACAUAUUGAAGAGCUGCAACAUCAGUUUGAUUCAGAUCUUCCUGAUGAUGUUAAACAACCUUUACUGAUAUAUGCAAGGAACUUUCUGGAAUUUUGCUCCUUCCAAGCUCUUCAAGUGGCAACCACACAGCCUGAUUAUCUGAGCGAUAAGGACUUCCGUCGCUUGAUGUUCGACAUGAUGCUAGCAUGGGAGGCUCCUGGUGUUGGAAAUCAAGAAACUGCUGCUUCUGAUGAGAGGGAAGUAGAGGAUGAAGAUAGCUGGUCAUUGUUUUAUUCGGAUUGUACAAAUAUGGCUGUUCAGGUUGAUGAUAAAAAGACGGCUGGUGCAGAUUCAUUUUCACGAAUAGCUCCUGCUUGUGCUAUUGUUGCAGACAUUAUAACAGUUCACAAUCUUUUCGAUGUCCUAGCAAGUUCUUCAGGUCAUCGGCUUCAUUUCCUUAUAUACGACAAGUACCUUCGGAGUCUUGAAAAGGUGAUAAAGGCAGUUCAGAAUCUCAGCGGACCUCAAAUGAUGUCCAACCUUUCUCUUGCAGAGGAAGAGAUAAUUCUAGAGGUAGAUGGUACGGUACCCACACAACCAGUUUUGAAACAUAUGGGAAUAUCUGCAUGGCCUGGAAACUAAAUGUUCAGGUUGAGGUUCGGCCCCCAACCUCAAUGAUGGACAUGCUUGACCAGUGAACCAGGAAGCCCUCUUUUAAAGAGAAGUGGAACAUCUGGUGUAAGAAAUGAAAAAAUUUGCUCAAAGUUUCCUAGAAUAUGGUGAGUUUUCCUUGGGUCGCUUGCUUGAGACGACGAACGCAUUGCAUUUUAGGCUGUGGAUGUGAUCAAGCACUCUGCAAAAAUGGGGAAAAAAGUAAUAACAAAAAAAUAAUUUCAGGGUGUGCUCGAGCAAAUCAGGCAUCUGGUUUCCGCUAUGAGGAAGAAAGACGUUGAAAGAGAAAAAUGAUGCAAAAGAGAAAAGUUCAAAUGUCUAUUUAAAUAUUCUUGCCAAUGUUUACCUAUUAACUAAUUCAUCAAAUCUGGAAGAUUAAGAUAAGCCAAAUAUACUUUGAAGUAAAAAAGAAGGGUGUGUUCGCUAGCAAAUUCAGUUGGAUAAUGAUGCAUCUGUGUUUGGUAAGACUGGGCUACUGAGUGUAUGUCCCAUCAUUAAUAUAGUAGCAUUUGGUUUACCAAGAAUAACCUCUUAUGAGGAAUACCCAUCAUACAAAACAUACAUGUUAUUGAAAUUAGAAAAUACUCUUUUUUUUUUCUCCGGGAGAAUUGAUUCUGUUUCUAUUUAUCUGAAAACAAUUGAGUGUUUGGACUGACUUUUGUGAAAGUGGUUUUGGAAUUGUUUUAGAAUUUCUGGGUUUGAAUUUUAGAAAACAUCACCUAAAGCCCUUAAACAUACUUUUGAGAUUUUAUUAUGGAUGAAAUUAAUAGAAUAAAAUACGAUUGAACAUCAUUGAAUGCUACUAAACAUAUUCAAAUAAAACAAUCUGUUGAGGAAAAGAAAACUUACAAAGAAGUGGUGUACAAAAUGCUAAAAAGAAAGUCGGAUAAGUCUCCUUCCACCCGUGGGGUUCAACUUGUCACUAACUGUUUGUUUGGAUGGUUGUUACCUAUCAUAUUGUUACUUUAU